CUUGCUUCAUUUAAAAUGCCUCCCCUGCCUAUCAGCUGAUGAUGGCCGCAGGAAGGUGGGCCUGGAAGAUAACAGCUAGCAGGCUAAGGCCAGACACUGACACUUGCAGUUGUCUUUCGUAGUUUUUUUGCACUAACUUCAGGAACCAGCUCAUGAUCUCACGAUGUAUGGAAAAAUAAUCUUUGUAUUACUAUUGUCAGAAAUUGUGAGCAUAUCAGCAUCAAGUACCACUGGUGUGGCAAUGCACACUUCAACCUCUUCUUCAGUCACAAAGAGUUACAUCUCAUCACAGAUAAAUGCUCUUGUAGAGAAAAUACUCAUUAUUUUGUGUCCGAUGGCUGGUGUUAUUGGAAUGAUCCUCUUAAUUUAUUACAGUAUUCGCCGACUGAUAAAGGUGACUGCUUUGAAUGUAUAAAUUCUAAAGUACUUCAGAAACCUCAGACAUUACAGUCACACCAUGAUAAAAUCUGGUAGGUCUGAUGACAAGGAAUGGUGUUUGUUGCAUACUUAAAAGAUUGCAGACAGUUCUACAUUAAAGGUUCUUUCUGUGGGUGAGGGGGCUGUGGAAUGGGGGAGAUGCCAGGAUAUGUAUAGAGCUUAAUUUCACUUGGUGGGAUUAUAGCUAAUUUUUGUCUUUUUCUUUAUACUUUUUUUCUAGUUUGUUAAUUUUCUGUAACAAAACUAUAUUACAUUUUUGAAGA